AUGAGUGAAAUCAAACCAGCAGAGGUGAAAGAUGCAAGCGGAGAGGAGCGCGACUGGGCAGCCGCUAAGGUUUUUUUCGAUAACUUGAAAUCUAAGAGACCCAGACCGCCGAAAUCUUGUUAUGCGGUCACUAUCGCCGUGUCGUCGCGGACGUUGUUUGACAUGACCAUGGAGAGGAAGAUCUAUGAGGACCAGGGACUGGAAAAGUACGUGGAGUAUCAACAGCAACAUGAAGACGAACCCUUAAAGCCAGGAGCAGCCUUUCCAUUCGUUAAGGCUCUGAUGACAGUGAACGUCAAACUGCGUCAGCUGUACCCCGACAGUGAGGAGCUGUUCGACAUUGUCCUCAUGACUAAUAACCAUGCCCAGGUCGGGGUCCGCCUCAUCAACAGCAUCAACCAUUAUGAUUUAACUAUUGAAAGAUUCUGCAUGACUGGUGGGAAAAGCCCAACUGGAUAUCUGAAGGCAUAUAUGACUAACCUUUACCUGUCCAAAGACUCUGAAAAGGUCCAGGAAGCUAUAGAAGAGGGUAUCGCAGCCGCUACCAUGUUCACCCCUGACAUGGAGAUUCAGCUCAGUGACACUCAGUUGCGUGUGGCCUUUGAUGGUGAUGCCGUCCUCUUCUCUGACGAGUCGGAGAUCAUUGUGAAGCAGCAUGGUCUGGAUACCUUCUUUGAACAUGAGAAAGCAAAUGAAAACAAGCCCCUGGCACAGGGUCCCCUGAAAUGCUUCCUGGAAGCCCUGGGCAAACUUCAGCGCAAGUUUUAUGCUAAGAACGAGCGGCUUCACUGCCCGAUCCGGACCUACCUGGUGACGGCCCGCAGCGCAGCCAGCUCGGGGGCCCGAGUACUGAAGACCCUGAGGAGCUGGGGCCUGGAGAUCGACGAGGCCAUCUUUUUGGCUGGGGCCCCAAAGGGCCCCCUCCUUCAGAAGAUACGGCCGCACAUAUUUUUCGACGACCAGAUGUUCCACAUCGAGGGAGCCAAGGAGCUCGGGACAAUUGCAGCACAUGUGCCUUAUGGAAUAGGACAGAAGUACCACAAAGGGCAGCUCAUUGAGAAGACCGGCAAAACAAAAUGAUGCUGCUGGGCAUAUGCUGUUACUAGGCGGGAUGCUGGAAUUUUUGUUUCCAUUUUAUAAUCAGGGUUAAGGUUUUAUUAUACUUUAUCCACUCCUUUACAUUUAAACUAUAAUUUUAUACCUGUUGGGCACUUAAAAUAUAUAUAUAUGAGAUUACUAUUCUGAAAAUGGUAUUUUUCCAAAAAGAUGAAAAUGCAAACUGCUCUGUACAAACUCUGUAUAAUUUCUGUUGUAUUUUCAUUGCAAUAAAAAGAAAGCAUUUUGUUUUUAUUGCAAUGAAAAUUUGGCAUCAAUUUACCCAUACAAAAGUAUGCACCUUCUACAGAUUUCAUCUGUUCUCUUGCACGUGUAGAGGAGUCUUUUGAAUUGUAUAGGAAAGGUCAAUUUACAGUUCAAAUUUUGUUUCUUUCACAAUGAACAGCCAGUUUAAGGUUUUUCUAAGGGUCGUUUUUGUAUGUCUGAGAGUACCGUCAGUGUCAGAUGAGUUUAUAUAAAUCGCUAAAAAGCUUGUUAUAUAAUUAUACAGUAUAAUAUCACCUCCUGUUUACAUUUAGUUUCUUUUAGAAAGUAUUACACAUUAUGUGGCUGUACUCUUAUUUCGUUUUUCUACUUGAAAUGCUGUGCACUGUCAGAGAGAACUUUACACGUUGGAAUUAGCUAAAAUCAUUUUUACAUAUUUACUUACAUUUUGCGUCUGUAUAAUUUGUUUCUUAGGAUUUGAGCUAGCCUUUUCAUUAGGCUAAAUUUAAUGGCUCAUUCUGAAAUAUACUUCUUGCUGCAAACACGGAGACGUGAAACACAUAGAGAAUGUAAAGAUACUUUAUUAUUUUAGUUCUGCGUUUUAAGAUUUCAUAUUUCUGACUUGUGCCUUUAUUUCACUGUAUACUGUACGUAAAAUACCGUGCUGGGCGGGCUGGAACUUUUUCACGCACAAGGUUCACAAUAAAAAUUAGGUUUUAAAAAUGUCAA